UCGAGGUUGAAUUCAGUCUGCACUUAUCAUAAAUUGGGGUUGUAUAACUUGCUCUAAAUAAGGCCCUGGCAAGAAAAGCAGACGACAGUCCAGUGUGACAAGUGAUCCUCAAGAACCUUCUGAUCAACAAGAACAAACUCAACAUGAACUACGAUCCAAUUGCAGACAAGCCCUUUCCAACGCUCCUGAAUGACAAUGUUCUACGAGCUGCCCGAGGUCAAAAGACAGACCGUGUGCCAGUGUGGGUGAUGAGGCAGGCAGGAAGAUAUUUACCAGAAUAUCUAGAAACUAGGAAGGGACAAUCAUUUACAGAAUCAGUUCAGAAUCCAGAGAUCUGCUGUGAACUGACGUUACAGCCCAUCCGCCGGUUCGACCUCGACGCUGCCAUCAUCUUCUCUGAUAUCCUAGUUGUAAAUGAAGCUCUUGGAAUCAACUUUGAAUUGGUACCUAAUGAGGGCAUUAAAGUGUUAAACCCCUUAAAAAGUGUUGAUGAUCUGGAACGUCUGCGAACGAAUGUUGAUAUACGGAAGGAACUGCAUUAUGUGUUUGAGGCAAUAUCUCUGACGAGACAUAAACUGGAUGGAAAGGUGCCAUUGUUUGGAUUCAGUGGAGCACCGUGGACGCUGAUGACAUACAUGGUUGAGAAUGGCAGUGCCCAACAGAAGGAACUCGCCAAGAAGUGGUUGUAUGCUGAACCAGAAGCGAGUGCGAAACUACUGCAGAUCAUCACAGAUGUGGUCAUUUCUUACCUGACGGAGCAGGUGGUUGCUGGUGCACAGAUUCUACAAGUCUUUGAGUCCCAUGCAGGCUGUCUGUCAUACCCUGCCUUCUGCAAGUUCUCCUUGCCAUAUCUCCGCAAGAUUGCUGAGGGCGUGAAGAAGAAUCUCGAGAAUAGGAAGAUUUCACCAGUUCCCAUGGUUGUGUUUGCGAAGGAUGCUCACCAUUCUAUCGAAGACCUGUCGGCCUCUGGAUAUGAUGUUGUCGGACUUGACUGGGGAAUUAAACCAAAGAAUGCAAGGAGAUUAGCAGGUGCCAGUGUCACGUUACAGGGAAACCUGGAUCCAUGCGCCCUGUUUGCUUCAAAGGAGGAAAUUGCAAAGAUGGCACGUGAUAUGGUUGACAGAUUUGGAACCCAGCGCUACAUCGCCAACCUUGGCCAUGGUAUCCAUCGCUUCACGAACCCUGACCAUCUAGAAGCAUUUGUCGAUGCUAUUCAUGCCCACUCUAGCCAAGAUGAUGAUUAGGAACACUUCAGUAUUGUUAGGAAUCAAAUCUCUUGUUCAUCUUUUAAAAGCUGUAUUCAGACCACCAUGUGAUCAUGUUGUAGGGGUAGGGUGUGGGGCUGAGUUAUGAUUGCUUAGGUUCCUCCCCCUGAUGGUCACCUGGGGUAGGAGGACACUGCCUCAUUCUGCCAUGUCUUACAGUGGCAAGGGAGGUCUGUAUAGGUCUUUGAAUCAUAGCCUCUCCUGUUGAAACAUUGUAAUGCGCUACAUGGCACAUGCAUGACAACUAGAUCCAAAGCACAUUUAAAUAUCCGUCAAAAUCAUGAUAGACUGAAGGUUGCUCUUCUGGCUCGGACAUAUUUUGAUGAAACGCCUCGACUUGGAGAUCUCUACGCGGGUGAUGAUGGUUGGCCCUCUAGUGUCGUUACUGAAUGAUAUUGUGAGGAACCCAAUCAUGAUUUGCUCACUGUCUGUUUCUGGUCGCUGUUGACGUCUUUUUAUCUCCACUUCUUGUCUUGACAAUCUUGUUAGUCUUUCCAGUUUCUUUAAUCUUUCAUCUAUGAUUCAUGUUCAUGUUGUAAGGGACUGCCAGUCAGUUUCGUUGUGCAUCAAAAUCCCAACAAUUUUUGGAAAAGGAGGAAGAAGGGCUUUGUUGGGUGGUAGUUGAGACCUCCUACUGUGUGUUGGACAUUAUGCUUACUGUGUCAAUCAUGAAGAGAAUGAUGAAAGAAUGGUGAAGAGAAAUAUGUAUACUUAUGUCUAUUUUGAAUGUACAUGUAGUUUAUAGCUAUAUACAGGUGAGGUGUACGUAUCAUAUAUUGUUGAAGUUGCCAUUAUUAGUUAGCAACUUUUGAAAUAAAUAUAUUCAUGAA